CCUACAAAAAAAGGACACAACCACAGCCAUACAGGAUAUGCUUAUUGGAUACCGUUCCACACCUCACCCCGCCAUCCGCCACGGGAGUAACUCCAUACGAGGCAUUGAUGAAUCGAAAAGUACGAACGAAACUUGACCAUUACCCAACGAUAGAGCCUCAGCAAAAGCAACGCGAGGAACAAAUCAACGAAAAAGACAAAGAGUACAAGGAAAAGAUAAAGAAAUACAGAGAAAAUAAGAACACUAAAGAACAUAACUACAUCAUCGGAGACUAUGUCUUAGUGAAACAGACAAAGAAAAACAAGUGGACGACAGCAUACGAACCAGCAUUCUAUAUCAUCUACAGAAUAGAAGGAUCUACUAUUUCAGCCAGMAGAAUCAAGGACGGAAGAGAGAUACGCAGAGACUCCAGCCACUUUAAGCAAAUCAAUGAAGUUAUCUCAAGUUCUGAAGACUCAAUGGAAGCAGUGAAAGAUGAAGACUGGAGGGAGAAAAUACUCGGAGAAGCAGAGGAAGAAGCAGACGAUACUCAAGCAGCAUCAGGAGUAACUGAAAAUGUUAACGCAAACCAAGAUCAGGUGCAGAAACCACCGCAAAUCCAUUCACCAGCCAAGCAAGCUGAAGCAAGACCACAGAGGAACAGAAGAAGACCAACCUAUCUAAAAGACUAUGUGUAAACUUGGACUGUCCUCAUGUGAUGGAACAUUGUUGAGUUAUUAUUAUUAUGAGAGUUGUGAUACAUAUUGAUUAUAGAGAUAUAAGUAUUAUUAUGUAUACCAGGAAAAGACAUUUAAUGAUUUUAAGAACUAAUAGAUAUGAACAUUGAUUCUUUUAAAACAAGGGAGAAAUGUAAUAUCCCGGAUGAUUAAGUAAUUAUCUAUGUGCAAUCAUGCGUGUAAUUUCAUUACAUGUG